UCAUGUGCCCGCCCUCUAUUUUCUGCUUCCGGGUCACAUGUUAAUGGGAACUAGCCGCUACCUUAUUUCUUCCAUAGCCCAGGCUUCUCUUCUCUCAUAGAUUUGGGCGAUUUCGAGCGGCAUGAGUGACGCGGAGUUCUUUCCGUCAGCACUGGGCACCAAGGAUCACUGGGAUGCUGUCUACAGUUGUGAACUGCAAGCUUUCCAGGAGUAUGGUGAUGAAGGAGAGAUCUGGUUUGGUGAAGGUAGCAUGACCCGAGUGGUUCGAUGGAUAAAUGCCCAUACAAUACCACAUAGUUCAUCAGUACUGGAUAUUGGCACUGGGAAUGGCAUGUUAUUGGUGGAACUGGCAAAAGCUGGAUACAGCAAUCUUAUGGGUGUGGAUUACUGUGCUGAUGCAAUAGCCCUUGCUAGAAGUAUAUGCGAAAAGGAAGGGGUUUCCCAGAGUGUGAAACUCCAGGUUACAGAUUUUCUGGACUCCUUCAGUCCUUCAGAACAGUUUGACAUCUGUCUGGAUAAAGGCACCUUUGAUGCGGUGAGCCUGGAUCCCAGCGAUGCACAAGAAAAGCGUACUCAGUAUGUAAAUGUGCUCUGUACUAUUUUAAAACCCAAAGGCCUUUUUAUCAUCACAUCCUGCAACUGGACCAAAGAGGAGCUGCUCAAGCAGUUUGACAAAGAGUUUGAAAUGAUAGAUGCACUUCCCACACCUACCUUCAGUUUUGGAGGACAGUCGGGUCACAGCGCCACGGCUCUGGUAUUCCAGAGGAGGGGCAACUCUUAAAGGGAACAAGAUUUUGCUUUAUAAAACAACAAUCGGACACUGAGUGGCAGACUGAACCUGCAAUUAUUUUCUCCGCAGAGUGUGAACACGAAUCUCUUACACAGAUAUCUCCAAUGACUGUAGAUUAUUAGUAAAGAAACUUUUUAUACAA